CCAUUUCCUACUACCAGGACCGCGAGGGGCUGACCUCGGUCUUCUCUGACGGACGCGAGGUCCCGCCAGUUUCUAAGGAGCCGAAGGUCACGACUCCGUGGGGGCGGAAGGCGGGGAGAAGACUGACUGUGGGAUUGGCCUGGUCGGGUGCACCGACCGGGCUCCCAGCGAGCAGCCCCCGCCCUGGCAACCGCCGUGGCAGCGCCUGGAGAGUGCGGAGAAGCCGCUCCCCAACUUCGCGGCCGGUGGAAGGGGUGGGGUCAGGGACAGUCUUCUCCGCCCCGUCGGUUUCUGCCUUGACGGCUCAGCCUGCUUCCAGGGCAGCCAUAGCCAUGGUGACCCCCGAGGCUAUAAAGCCAGGUAUCUAGGAGGGCGGUGGCUCCCGCGCCGCUGAGCCCCCCAAGUAAGGAGCAAGCGCCCCGGCGUGGCCCGGCCCCCGCGAGAGGGGCGGAGGCGGAGGAACGGCGCCAGCAGCUUGAGGAGCGGCGCGCCCGCCAGGGCUGGAGGCAGGCGUGCACGACGGGCGCCACCUUCUCAGCAGGGGAGCGGGGGCUGCCCGGGGUGCGGGUGAGUGGCGCUGCUCCAAGCCACGAGGGACUGAGGGGGGCCGGACGCGGGGAAAGCAGCGGGAGAGUCAGGAGGGGGCCCAGCUUCGGCUCCCGUAGUCUUCUUGGGGGCCAGGCGCUGAGCCCAGAGCAGCGAGUAACCUACACCUCCAGGCGGGAAGCCCAGGGAAGGAGCAGCGAGACGCCAGGCGUGCGACCCAGGAGCCGCGGGAGCUGCGGGGCGAUAAGUGUGGGAACCUCAAGACCCUCGGUCGCAGCCACCCACGCGCUGAGGGAGCCGUACCAGAGCACCGGAGGGGACAAGAACCCGGCCGGGCGCGGGAACAGGGGCGCCCCCGUGCGGAGCUGCCGGGCCGCCUGGGCGCGGCGGCCAGGGCCAUGCUCAAGCCCAAGGACCUGUGCCCCCGAGCGGGUACGCGCACUUUCCUGGAGGCCAUGCAGGCGGGCAAAGUGCACCUGGCCCGCUUUGUGCUGGACGCGCUGGACCGCAGCAUCAUCGACUGCCGCGCGGAGCAGGGACGCACGCCGCUCAUGGUGGCUGUGGGGCUGCCGGACCCUGCGCUGCGCGCACGCUUCGUGCGGCUACUAUUGGAACAGGGUGCGGCGGUGAACCUGCGGGACGAGCGCGGCCGCACCGCCCUCAGCCUGGCGUGCGAGCGCGGCCACCUGGACGCCGUGCAGCUGCUGGUGCAGUUUAGCGGGGACCCUGAAGCGGCGGACUCCGCGGGCAACAGCCCUGUGAUGUGGGCGGCGGCAUGCGGCCAUGGGGCUGUGCUCGAGUUCUUGGUGCGCUCUUUUCGCCGACUCGGCCUGCGCCUCGACCGCACCAACCGUGCGGGGCUCACAGCGCUGCAGCUGGCCGCCGCUCGCGGCCACGGGACCUGCGUGCAGGCCCUCACUGGGCCUUGGGGCCGCGCAGCCGCCGCGGCGGCGGCUCGGGGUUCCAACUCCGACAGUCCCCCCGGUCGUCCGGCUCCCGCGCCCAGCCCUGAGCGCCGACGACCCAGCCCCCGCCGCCUACCGCGGCCUCUCCUAGCGCGCUUUGCGAGAGCGGCUGGCGGUCAUGGGCACGGAGGCGAAGCUGGCCCAGGGGGCAAAAGCUCGGGCCGGCACCGGGCUCAGGGCAGCGAGCGGCCUGAGCUGGGCCGGAGCAUGAGCCUGGCGCUGGGUGCUGUGACCGAGGAGGAGGCUGCUCGACUGCGGGCGGGAGCCCUGAUGGCCCGACCACACUCGCCCCAGUCUUCGGGGACUGGGCGGUGGCGUUCCCAGGAGGUGCUGGAGGGAGCGCCCCCAACCUUAGUGCAACCCCCUAUUGGGCUUAGUCCCCACCCAGAGGUCGACCCCGGCUCUGGCCGCUUGGGUUUGCGCCGACGUUCCACAGCUCCAGACAUCCCCAGCCUGGUUGGGGAGGUAUCAGGGCCUGAGAGUGGGCCAGAGUUAGAGGCCAACGCCCUUGCCCACUCGGUGCCAGUAUCUCAGCCUUGGGAGGCCGGCACGGAGGCUGUGGUGCUGCAUGCUCAACAGUAAACAGCGCGGAAGCUGACACCUGCUUCCCUCCACUCCCCCUUCCCUGGACCACUGGGAUUUUCACUUUCUUGCAGGUCCCUCACUUUCCUGGCAUUUUCCCGCCUGUGAUCCCAGAACCUGUCCCCACUGCAAAGGCAAGACUUCUACCAGCCCUUUCUCUGAAACAGACCCCUAUCUUCUUUUUUUGUGCUUGUUGGUGUUCCCUGCCUAGGACUAUCAGUUUCCCUAAGGUCUCCCUUUGCUGUCCUGGAAGGUGAGGAGUAGAAGAUGGGUUCCAUAGGCUACAGCUUCCAGCCAAGAAGAGAGACCCCUUUUCCUCAGCCCUAUGACUCAGUUCUGAAUACUGCUGGCUUCUGGCUGGUCACCUCCCCUUUACCGGUUUUCCUAAACCCUGGCAGCCAUGCAGGAAGAAGAGUCGACUCAUGGAACAAAGGCCUAGCCUGCCUCCUUUACCUAGUGAUGCAGACAGUAAUGCUGCACCCCACCCAAUUCUUCCUCCCCUUUAAGUGUGGACACCCGUUGCACCAACUACGACCUCGGAGCCAUUCUGGUCUGGGGGCGCUAAUCAGGAAAGAAACUGGGGGUAAAGUUUUUUUUUUGAGAAAGUCCUUCCUCCAGGCAAUGAAAGCAUAUUUUGCGAGUGGGAGAGCCCCUGGUGUUGAAUGCCAGUCGUCCCUUGAAACAGCUUCUGGGUAAUUCCAGCUGCCUCUGCCUUCACAGCAUUUGCAGACCCAAGAUCCAACUUCACUGACAAUGUGGGGUCAUUGCCCCACACCAACCCCUAACCAGCCCAGCUCCAGGCUCCUGAGCCAGCCUGUUCUCACCUCGGGGCAGGCAUUUGAGUUCCAUCUUUGAGGUCUCAGCCCUUGUGGCCCAGCCUUUUUUCCUCUCACUCUGAGGCUUGAAAUGGAAAGGAUUUAGCACUUCCCCCGCCCUCACCGCCUCCCAGCUCCCCCAUCCUGCACGUGGGUGCUACAACAGGGUGGAACGGUUGCAAAGGCUUUGCUUAAUUGUAUUUCUCCCAAUCAUCAAAGAACUCGUGUUUUGAGUCUUUGUAUAAGAAGCAGAAAACAGCGGGUCUGAUCCGAGGCUUAAGAACCUGACAAUGUCUCUUUAAAUAGAAGCUCUGCGAGGGGGAUAAUUGACUCAAGUGUUUGCCACGUUAAACGGCGGCGCGCGGGAGUUGGGAAGCCCACACGAGCCGCAGGUCCGGGUUUAAAUUACAUCAAACUUCAGUGAGAGCUGGAAGGGGGCUGUUAAACGGCUCCUGCUUCUUGCUGGGCCGUUAAUGGAGGGCAGAGAGGAUGAUGGAUGCUAGAGGUCGAGACCAAGGACCCCUGCCUCUGCCACAGCGCGUGGGAAGCAGCCCCGGACCAGCUUCAUUACAGAGCAGAUUAGUCAGAGGCAACCGCGGAGAGGUGGUUAAAGGCCCUUUUCCGGCCUGGUCCUUUGUCCCCUCCUUUCCCGCCCCCGCCCUCUUCCUGAUAGCUUAGUGAGGAAGGUCUAGGGGAUCUGGCGAAUCUCGCGUUCUAGGACCGUGCGGAAACGCUAGCGCAGGUAUUUGGGCGCUUAGCCCGCGGGUUGGCGGCGCGUGGGGGCCUUUUGGGAGCCCCCGAAGGUUUGAACGUGCAGCCACUCACCUAGUCGUGAUGGGGUCUUUUCAAGACGUCGUUGAUCAGUCAGCCUUUGCAGAACGAAAGUUUUCUCAGCAGUAACUCUAAGGGAACUGCGAAGUUCCUCUGCGAGAAUCACCCCUGAGAAGACGCUGGCCCUGGGGUGUGGGGUAGGCGUUGAGGAGAGGGCCUGGAGUAGGUGUCAGACACCUCCCAAAUCCUUCCAGUCUUAUAGGGUCAGAGAGGCCGCGCGAGCCCCUCCGCUGCACGUGAUCUCUAGUGCCCCCUGGUGGCAGCAUUACCCUCUCCUCGUUGCGCCCUGGCUCGGAGUUCAGGCUCCAGGUUUUAUUUGGGAAUCUCCGCUGUGUACUUCUCACUCCGUGUGCAUUUACCCCUGGAAUCCUCAUCCUCUUGUAGUACAUUAAAUCCGGAUACUUGAAGUCGUUCCACAGCAGAGAAAUGAGGGAUAAUGAACAAAAUACUUGCGUUUGGAGUAGCAGGAGCCCAGACCCUUCACUAAGGACCCCAGGAUCUUCCAAGUUAUGGCUCCUGUGUCCUGAGAGCUCCUGAAAAAACUGGAACUUCCAACUUCUCCCGUAUGAUUUCUGAACUUUAGGACCUGCUGAUCAUGCAUUUCCUUCUGAUGAGAUUUGCUUUUGUUUCUAGAGUGUUUUGCCUUUCCUCCACUCCUUUCUUCCCAAACAUCUGCCUCUACUCAGUCCCACUGUCUGGGUGGUGGGUGAACAAUACUGAAGAACCCGAAAAGCCAGAGGGAGAGGACCUAGGAGAGGAUAAUUGGACACCCCAAGUAUAAACUCUUUUCCGAUCCUUGCUUGCUCACUAUUCCCAUUCCAACUGUGUUUAAUUUUCAUGAAGUUUUUAAUGGUGUAAGAAUACAAGUAUUUUGGCUUCUUCAAAAUG